AGGCGAGCGAGGGCCCGGCUGAAGUUUGACUCACCUGGACUGACAGCGAACGGCUGACAGCGGGACUGCCAGGGGGUUCCUCGCUGCCACACCACUUCCGAACAUCAUGGUGGUGUGGGAAGCGGUGCUGGUGAUGACGGUGGCCAUCCUGGCCGAUGCGGCGGUUCCGGAUCCCCCUACUUCCGGAAUCACUACGGUGGGAUCCUUGAAACUGGCCACGGCCGCAGACUGCGCCGGCGUGGUGGCGUUUUCCGCAACGCGUGCCACCGUUGUCGACGCCAAGAUUAUCCUGGCGGAGACCCUGGUGGACAAGGGUGUGGGAUAUGCCUCGGAGACCGGGAUUUUCACCACCCACUGUCCUGGACUCUAUCAGUUCAGCUUUGCUGGGUAUGGCAGCCCGGAUCUCCGGCUCACCCUGAAGAGGAAACCGAACAAGGAGUCAUGGAGACCGGUGGUCAGCUCCGGACCAGGUGGAGGCGCCAACCUGGUCUAUCUGGACGUGGAGACCGGCGACCAGGUCGCGGUUUUCGUCGAUUCCGGAAAAGUCGCGGACGGGGCCAGUUUCUCGGGCCAUCGCAUUGCCAAGAAGUAGUCCUCGAUUUCGAUUCGGUUCGGGGUCUCUUCGGGGUCGAAGAGGAAGGAUGGGAAAACCUCGGCCGAAUCCAACGGGGAGGAAAGCGGAAAAUCGGCGACUUUUGGAAACGCUUGGAAAUCCAGUCCCUGGAACUUGUCUUUCUAUUCCUUGUUUCGAAAUUCUCGCUUUCUGCCUCGCUUAGUCUUCUGGGUCGUCCCCUCCUCGAGGAAGCGGACUCGAAAUCUUCCCACCCACGAUUGGGAUUUUUUCUUCUCUUCGUAACAAACUGUGAUAGCCCCUUCUUUCUUCUUUUAUUUUUUUUUUCGUUUUAAUGGAAAAAUAAUGGAAAGUUGCAACUUUUCGCGGCUGGCCGCCGAGGUGGAGCCUUUAUCGAAGGAAUUUUCAAAGAAAUAUGUAUGUUAAAUGUUUAAUCGGAGAUUAAUUAUGAAUUAUUUAACGAUUGGCGGAAAUUCGCAACUCUCCGCGCUCUCUCGACUCUGUCUCUCUUCUGUGUCUUCUCUAUCUACUCUAUUUUCGAUCUUCCACUUCUGCCUCCUCUUCACUUCUCGACUGAUCCUAAUUUUCAUUCACUUCUGUUCGUGGUCCUUUCCGUCUUUUCUUUAUUCUACUCUUCUCUCCCUCUAUCUCUGAUUUUUCACUUUGUUUUCUAUUCCUCCUUUUCCUACCUGGCUAUCGAUUACCUACCAGUAUUAAGAUCUAGAAUUCUUCUAGCCCUUAUCUUGCCCUUUAUUCUUUUCCUUCUCUUUCAAUUUCUCUUUCGAUUGCUCUCCUUUUUCUCUUUUCUGUCGGAUUUCUCAACCUCGUGACUUCUCUCCUUUCCGUUCUACUUAACUCUAUACUGUAAACUCUUCUUUUUUCUCUCGUUACUUCCUCUAUGCUGAACUUCUUUCUGUCCUCUUUCCGUCUCUUCUCUGUCUCACUUCAUCUCGUUCUCAAGCUACUCGUUCAUCCUUUCAAAACUACGUGAUAACGCUGUGAUAAGUCUCCUAAAACUUUAAUGUAGCUCUCCACUUUCUCCUCUUACUUUACUUUCUACUUCUCAGUCUACCCCUUCUCUUUCAACUCUUGGAAUUUCAACUCUUUCGCUGUCGUUCUCUUUUUCUGCCUUAACUCUCCCUCUCUAUACAUCUACAUUUACUUUAACUUUCUGUAUCAUUUUUAUUUCCCUCUUCUCGUUCUCUUUCGUCUCUACGCAUUUUCGCAUUUUCCUUCUUCAACUCUUUAAUAGACUUCUGAAAUUAAUUCUUAUUCUCUCGUCUGUCUACUCUCUUCAUCUUUACACCUCUACCUUCUCUUAUUUUUACUCUUCUCUCUCCUCAUCUUUUUUUUAUUUACCUUCGCUUCCUACGUCUCCUUUCCCGUGUAAAACUAUACUUUACAUGCAAGCUGUGAUUACUUAACUAUUUCUUACGUUUACUAUCGCACAGUGACCGUCAAUCGCGACUGAUUGCGGGUAUUGUUGGCGCAUUUACCUAUCUGUACCUAUUUUUAUUUUAUUUUUCUACUAUUGUUACCUCUUCCUACGUUAUUUUUCUUCCGCCUGUCUGUAUUUCCGUUGCUGCACCUGUGACUGUUAAUGUUAAGUACCAACUGGGACGAUUAGAUAACAAUCAUUGAUCGUUUAUGACAAGUAACACUGACCGUUUUCAUUAUUUUCCGACGUCUUCCUAUUCUCUCUUUCUCUCUCUCUCUCUUCUAAUUCCUUCAUAUCUCUUGAAUAAAGCUGAAUUUUAGCGUUUCCUCUCCCCUCGGGUGAACUUUCUCCUCGUUUCAAUUUUUCGUUUCACUACUGUUUACCCUUCACGUUCUAUACAUACACUUCUCUUUCUCUUGCCUUCCUCUCUUCAACUUCUCUUCUUUACCUCGCGCUAUCACAGUCGCAUUGUAAUUAAAAAAAAAAAAAAAUGAUUAAACGGCUUACGCCGUGCGAGUUACCCGAAUUGUCGAGGGACUUGCCCUUGCGUAAUUGCAAACAAGAUUAUAUGUUACUAUGUAAAGGACACGUAUAAAUGUAUGAACAACGAGAGGUGUACUCUCGGAUCCUCGGUGAAGAAA